UAUGUUGCACGGCGAUCAUGGCGAGUUCUGGGUGGAACCAGUCGCCGUGUCCCUGGAAGAAAAACACGGCACAUUGUCAGCCGACGAAGCGACGAGCGGCGACUUAAGCGCCGGUGCCCGCUCGUCGGUCUACGGGGGACCGACAGCCGGCCGACCUCAUCUCAUCUUCCGGCGUUCGGCCGAGCAGCAGCAACAGCAGCUCGAGAUCGGCGCAGGCGGCCGUAGCAAGCGACGGCGCAAAAAGAAGAGGAAGCAAGAGAGAAACUGCGGCACCCGCGAACCGCGUCGAUUGACAGAGACGCGGCUCGAAUGGCAAACUCAACCAGGCCUCGUCCAAGUUCAAGGCCGUGGGCGAAGGAAACAUCAUCAAGCGAAACGGUGGCAUCGUUCCAAAAGAUCGAUCAGCACACCGCGUCAUGUCGAGGCUCUUGUCGUCGCUGACACGACGAUGAUGGCUUUUCACCAGGACGGCGACGUGGAGACCUAUCUUCUAACCAUCAUGAACAUGGUUUCCGCGCUCUACCUCGAUCCAACCAUCGGCAAUUUCAUCAACAUCGUAGUGGUCAGGAUUAUUCUCGUCGAAGAGGAAGACGCAGAGCAAGGACUGGACAUCACGGUGAACGCAGAUAAGACCCUAUACAAUUUCUGCAAAUGGCAGCAGAAGCUAAAUCCCGCCGACGAUUCGCACCCGAAUCACCACGAUGUGGCGAUCCUGGUGACGAGAGAGGACAUUUGUUCACGUGCGAAUACUCCUUGCAGUACACUGGGAGUGGCGCACGUCGCUGGCAUGUGUCAACCAGAUCGCAGCUGCAGCGUCAACGAGGACAAUGGGAUCACGUUGGCGCAUACAAUCACGCACGAAUUAGGGCAUAACUUUGGAAUGUAUCACGACACGGAAAAAAUCGGCUGCAGUAAACGCGAAGGCGACACCCUACAUGUGAUGACGCCAUCCUUUGAGGUGGAUGCUGUCGGAGUGGCAUGGUCUAGAUGCUCUAGAAGGGAUAUCACGAACUUUUUAGACCAAGGGAAAGGCGAUUGUUUAGAUGAUGAACCCGCAGGUAAUGAUUAUACAUAUCCAGAUUUGCCACCUGGUGCAAUGUACAAUGCCGAACACCAAUGCAGGCUGCAAUUCGGCGUGAGAGAAGCUUCCGUCUGCACUCCGUUGCAGGAGAUCUGUUCGAAACUAUGGUGCGUCGUGGACGGCUCUUGCACUACUAUGUUGCAUCCGGCAGCUCCAGGAACAAAUUGCGGGAAACAUAUGUGGUGUCAAAAUCAGGAAUGCGUGCCUAUCGUCGAUCGACCGCAGCAAAUCGAUGGCGGUUGGGGUGAGUGGGGAUCAUGGAGCGAGUGCUCGAGAACUUGCGGUGCCGGUGUCUCGAUUGUCGAAAGGAAAUGCGAUCAUCCGGAGCCCGCACACGGCGGAAAGUUUUGCAUAGGCGAGAGGCGGCGCUACAAAAUCUGCAACACGCAGCCGUGUCCGGAAGGCACGCCAAGUUUCCGGGCCGUGCAAUGCAGCAACUACGAUGGUAAAGAGUACAAGGGAAAGAACUAUACCUGGUUGCCGUAUUUCGACCAGACGGAACCUUGCGAGCUUUAUUGCACCGAUACAGAUGAAAGUGUAAUCGUACCCUGGGGAGAAGCCGCUCUCGAUGGUACUCCAUGCAAUGUUGGUACCAGAGACAUGUGCAUCGCUGGCAUCUGCAGGAAAGUCGGUUGUGAUUGGAUGGUGGAUUCCGAGGCUACGGAAGAUCGUUGCGGUAUUUGUCACGGUGAUGGUACUCAAUGCGAGACUACUAGCGGCGUUUACGACAAAAACGAUGGUCCCGGAUACAAGGAAGUUGUUAUCAUACCAUCCGGUUCGCGAAACAUUAAAAUCGAAGAGGUCGGUAAUAGCAAGAAUUACAUCGGCAUCGGCGUUCCGAAUUCUGACAAGUAUUUUCUGAAUGGAAAACGGCAAAUCACUUUAGCGGGCGAGUACGAAGUUGCCGGGACGCCAGCUCUAUAUGAACGUGAUCGAGAUAGAGAGAAAAUCAGAAUCCCUGGACCUAUUAAGGAAGAUAUCGCGGUCUAUUUAAUUUACAGAGGUAAUUAUCGCAAUUUUGGACUACGUUACGAAUACACUGUGCCGAAAAAGGAACCUGCUCGAGCUCCGGAAUACUCAUGGAUAUCCUCCGAUUGGACUCUCUGCACAGUCACUUGCGGUGGUGGCACUCAAACUUCGCACACGGUCUGUCACGAAAGAAAAAGUGGCAUCGUCGAAGACCAUUUCUGUGACGGUAUAGAAAAGCCGGAGCCGAAGUCUCGCGAAUGCAAUUCGAAUCCCUGCCCUGCAAGGUGGUGGGCAGGCCCAUGGCAAAUGUGUCCUGUCACAUGUGGUGACGGUGCGUUACGCAAGAGAUCGGUGAUGUGUGUGUUCUCUGGCGCGGGUACCGAUCGUUCAGACCUGGCCCUGCCCGAUCGCGAUUGUGACAAGCACACGCGGCCCGAUGAAGUGGGACUGUGCCCCGAUCUACCACCGUGCGGGCCCACCUCGGAGGCACCGUUGAUCGUGUACACCGACAACAAAGACAUGUCAUUCUACAACAUCAGCCUGAACGAGCAGGACGGCAUUACGAUAGUUGACAGUCUCACCACCGAGGAGCCAGAGAUCCUCGAAUUCGACAACGUCGUCGACGAGAACCCAGACAAUUCCAUGUACAACACCAAGUCAAAGUGGACAGUAUCGAAGUGGAGUCACUGUUCGAACGGCAAGAGAAGCAGAAAGGUCAGCUGCUCCGUCUCGGGCGAUUGUAAUCCGAAUAACAAGCCGCACAGCGUCGAGGACUGUUACAGUGGAAAAUGGAUCACCGGAAACUGGGGAAAUUGCAAUGCGACUUGCCUCGUGAAGUCCGGAGUUAAACACAGAGAAGUACAGUGUCGUGAUCGCGCGACGGACUUGCUGUCAAAUGAUUGCAAUCUCAAUAGAAGACCAUUUGAUACAAAACGCUGUUAUUAUCGACGGCAGUGUGCCAACGAGAAAAAUGAUUGCAAAGAUAGCAUAGUUCCAUCGUGUGCAAACUACAGACGCAUGUGCGAUGUAUCAGCGAUACGAGAAAUGUGUUGCGCCACGUGCACGAAACGACGACGACAUGUCCGUCACAACAGACGGCAUAUUUUUACCGAGUAACAAAAUAAAGGGCUGAAAAUCUAAAAA